AUGAUAGCUAAAAGCAGUCAGUAUGUGAUCCUAGACUGGCUCAUGUACCGAAGAGGAAAAACCCAAAAUGGAGUUAAUCCUGACUGGGAGAAGAAAGUAAUUGAAUAUUUUAAGGAAAAGCUGAAGGAAAAUAACGCUCCGAAAUGGGUGCCAUCAUUGAAUGAAGUUCCCCUUCAUUACUUGAAACCUAACAGUUUUGUGAAGUUUCGCUGCAUGAUUCAGGAUAUGUUUGACCCUGAGUUUUACAUGGGAGUUUACGAAACGGUUAACCGAAACACAAAAGCACGUGUCCUUCAUUUUGGAAAAUACAGAGAUGUAGCAGAGUGUGGGCCUCAACAAGAAGUUGAUUUAAACUCUCCACGAACUACCACAUUGGAAAGACAAACUUUCUAUUGUGUUCCAGUGCCUGGGGAAUCUACGUGGGUAAAAGAAGCCUAUGUUAAUGCAAACCAAGCUCGAGUCAGUCCUUCAACGUCCUACACCCCCAGUCGUCACAAGAGGAGUUAUGAAGAUGAUGAAGAUAUGGACCUACAGCCCAGCAAACAGAAAGACCAGCAUGCUGGUGCCAGACAAGCAGGCAGUGUUGGUGGUCUUCAGUGGUGUGGAGAGCCAAAACGUUUAGAAACUGAAGCUUCUACUGGGCAACAGCUGAACUUCUUGAACUUCUCUUCUCCUUUUGACCUGAAUUUUCCACUGCCAGGGGAGAAGGGCCCUGCAUGCCUUGUGAAGGUCUACGAAGACUGGGAUUGUUUCAAAGUAAACGAUGUUCUUGAGUUAUAUGGCAUUCUGUCUGUGGAUCCUGUGCUAAGUACACUGAAUAAUGACGAAAGGGAUGCCUCUUCGCUCCUGGAUCCAAUGGAAUGCACAGACACGGCUGAAGAGCAGCGAGUGCACAGUCCUCCUGCCUCGUUAGUGCCAAGAAUCCAUGUGGUUUUAGCCCAGAAGUUGCAGCACAUCAAUCCUUUACUGCCUGCUUGCCUUAACAAGGAGGAGAGCAAAACCUUCAUUUCAGGUUUCAUGUCCGAACUGUCUCCCGUCCGGGCAGAGCUGCUUGGUUUCCUCACGCACGCCCUUCUGGGAGACAGCCUGGCCGCCGAGUACCUCAUCUUACAUCUCAUCUCCACAGUAUAUACAAGAAGAGAUGUUCUUCCACUGGGAAAAUUCACAGUUAACUUGAGUGGUUGCCCGCGGAAUAGUAGCUUCACAGAACACUUAUACCGAAUUAUUCAACAUCUUGUUCCAGCAUCUUUUCGCCUGCAGAUGACUAUAGAGAACAUGAACCAUUUGAGAUUCAUCCCCCACAAGGACUAUGCAGCCAACCGCCUCGUCAGCGGGCUCCUCCAGCUCCCCAGCAACACUUCCCUUGUGAUCGAUGAGACUCUCCUGGAGCAGGGGCAGCUGGACACACCAGGUGUUCAUAAUGUGACUGCCCUGAGCAACCUAAUAACUUGGCAGAAAGUCGAUUAUGACUUCAGUUACCACCACAUGGAGUUCCCCUGCAAUAUUAAUGUUUUUAUCACUUCGGAGGGGAGAUCACUCCUCCCGGCCGACUGCCACAUCCGCCUGCAGCCGCAGCUCGCCCCACCCAACAUGGAGGAAUACACCAACAGCCUCCUGGCCGCAGUGCUGCCAUCCGUGCUCAACAAAUUCCGCAUUUAUCUGACCCUCUUGCGGUUCCUGGAUUACAGCAUUUCUGAUGAAAUCACCAAGGCAGUCGAAGAUGACUUUGUGGAAAUGCGCAAGAAUGACCCUCAGAGCAUCACCGCGGACGACCUCCACCAGUUGCUCAUUGUUGCUCGGUUUCUGUCUCUCAGUGCCGGUCAGACAACGCUGUCUAGGGAACGAUGGCUAAGAGCAAAGCAGCUAGAGUCUUUAAGAAGAACCAGGCUUCAACAGCAGAAAUGUGUGAACGGAAAUGAACUUUAA